GACAGUUGCUGUCAGCUCGUCGACCUACAUCCACUAGACUGAUAUGCAAAAUUACAUACAGUUAGAGAAGUUAGGUGAAGGUACAUACGCUUCCGUACACAAAGGUAGAUCUAGACUCACGAAUGAGAUCGUCGCUUUGAAAGAAAUACACCUCGAUGCGGAGGAAGGUACACCUUCAACAGCUAUACGUGAAAUUUCCCUUAUGAAAGAACUCAAGCAUCCAAAUAUUGUUAGAUUACAUGACGUUAUACAUACAGAAACCAAACUCAUGUUGGUUUUCGAAUACAUGGACCAAGACUUAAAGAAAUACAUGGAUAGUCAUGGUAAUAGGGGCGCACUUGAACCAAAUACAAUUAGAAGUUUCAUGUAUCAGCUCAUCAAAGGUACUGGUUUCUGUCACGAGAAUAGAGUACUUCAUCGCGAUCUUAAACCACAGAAUUUACUCAUAAACAAACGCGGUGAACUAAAAUUAGCAGAUUUCGGUCUCGCGAGAGCAUUUGGUAUUCCAGUUAACACAUUCUCAAACGAAGUCGUCACUUUGUGGUACAGACCACCAGAUGUUUUGCUCGGAUCAAAGACAUACAGUACAAGUAUUGAUGUAUGGAGUGCUGGUUGUAUUCUCGCUGAGAUGAUCUCCGGUGUACCACUCUUCAGAGGUAGAGAUAACAAUGAUCAAUUGAACGCUAUCAUCAAGGUCGUUGGUACACCAUCAGAUGACGUCUUGCGUAGAAUUGCAGCAGAGAGUCCCGAAAUUCAGCUCAGAAACUUCCCGCGUUACCCUAAAGUAGCAUGGCAAACUCUUUAUCCUACAGCCCACCCGUUAGCCCUCGAUUUACUUGACAAACUCCUUCAAUUUGACCCAAUCAGAAGGUUAAGUUGUGAGGAUGCACUCAGACAUCCAUACUUUACUGCGGCAUUCAACGAUCCUGCAUACCUUGUAAACUAAUGAUUUAAUAAAUGCAGAUAUCUCUAU